ACCGUCGCAACGGGAAAAAUAGGAAACAAAAGUGCUCCUGCAACGGGUAGGUCAUCUGUAAAACAUGCCUAUCUACACAGUCAGUCCCAAGGACAUCGAGGUUCUCACUGAGACGCUGGCUGCUGCACCUGCUGUAACCCUCCAAUCAUUUGUCCGUCUGCAGUGGCAACCGGCCGUCAUCGGGCAUAUCGGAGCCUACCGUCCAAGACGCUACUGGGGGAGCCCCAACCUCGAAAAGUCCCAUCAAAGCUUGGGGAGCUUCAUCCACUCUUUAAAAUCUAAAUGCAGGUCCCACACACUCGGCCUUUCAACCCACCGAAUCUCUCGUCUCUUUGCUGCCCCAUUGCGACGCCAGCAGCCCUUCUUCGCUCCCAAACCGUACCCGACGACAAUGAACUGA